AUGGACAAAACACCAUCCCAGAUGGUUUCAAACAAUAUCAUGGAAAGCAGUGUACCAUCCAAACAAAUCGAUGAUGAUCAGGGCUUGACAGAAAGAAACCCGCAAUUCACCUUCACAGAGGAGGAGGAAAAAGUAGUAAUACGCAAGUUGGACUGGAAUCUCUUGCCGUUGAUAUUCGUCCUGUACAGCCUGAGCAUCCUGGACAGAAGUAAUCUGGGCAAUGCACGCAUUUCCGGCCUGGGGGAGGAUAUCGAUUUGUCUGGGCGGAGGUACACUUGGCUGGCGACAGUGUUUUACAUUUCCUAUAUCUUGUCCCAAUGGACACAAUCGGCUGGAAAGCCUUCAAACCGCAUAACUGGGUAG